UACGUCAUUACUCCGGAGCAACCUCUGCUUGAAUCAUGCCUGAUCCAGUGAAAGCGCCCAAGAAGGGCUCAAAGAAAGCCGUCACUAAAGCAACCAAGGGCGGCAAGAAGAGGAGAAAGUCCAGGAAGGAGAGCUACGCCAUCUACGUGUACAAGGUGCUGAAGCAGGUCCACCCCGACACCGGCAUCUCCUCCAAGGCCAUGGGCAUCAUGAACUCGUUUGUCAGCGACAUCUUUGAGCGCAUCGCCGGCGAGGCCUCCCGUCUGGCUCACUACAACAAACGCUCCACCAUCACUUCCAGGGAGAUCCAGACCGCCGUCCGCCUGCUGCUGCCCGGGGAGCUGGCCAAGCACGCCGUGUCUGAGGGCACCAAGGCCGUCACCAAGUACACCAGCUCCAAGUAAACUCUUACUGCUGCUGCUCCAACAACACAACGGCUCUUCUAAGAGCCACCCACUUCAUCCUAGAGCGUUUCCUCUUGUUCU